ACAGUGAUUAUUAAAUAUAUUUAUACGGGUUCUGGAGAAUUAAUUGUACGUCAAGUUAUUUUAGAUUUAGCUACAGCCGUGAAAGAGCUUGUAGAAAAUGGUCUUGAUGCCCAGGCCAAAGUAAUAGGUGAAAACAUAUUAUUAAUAGCUAACAAACGCGUUCUAUUGCAAGCCUUAGAAGUGAAUAUAUUUCGCGUUUUUUUUUGUCAAAUAGAGAUUAGGUUUAAAGAGUAUGGUAUACAAUCGAUAGAGGUGAUUGAUGAUGGCACGGGAAUAAAUCAAAAUUGUUUUGAACAACUCGGUGGGUCUUUUAGUAGCACUAAAUUGUUUGUUAAUAGGUUGUUUGUUAAUUUUUAUGGUUAUCAACGAGAGGCUUUAAGUUCUCUCUGUGCUCUAUCAAAGGUUAUGAUUUUAACUUGUACACAGGAGGAAGCCCCCGCUGGAUUUAAAUUGGAAUUUGAUUCUCUCGGAAAACUUAUUAAAAAGACACCUAUAGCUCUCCUCAGUACUAGCGGGAAUAGUAACAUUCGAGAUAAUAUUGCUAAUUUAUUUGGUGCUAAAACAUUAACACAAAUUGUGCCAUUUGAUUUUAACAUCCAAGUGACACCGGAAAAACAAAAAAUGUUAAUAGACUCUGAAAAUCAGCCAGAGAG